AUGAUCAAGUACCUGGGAGAAGUGAACUGGGCGAAGGGCAGCUACGCCGGAGUGCAGUUCCACAAACGCGUCGGCCGCCACGGUGGCGAGGUGAAGGGCGUGAAGUACUUCUCAUGCCCUCCUGGGCAUGGAUUGUACAUACCGGUCCAAAAGCCGCAACAACAGCAACAAGUACCGACAAGUCAGCUGCCGCCUCCACAACUCCAGCCAGGGCAACAGUCGGGCCAGCAGGGUCAAUCCCUCCAGCAGCAGCCCGAGCAACUUCCCUACCAGCCACAGCAGGCCGAUGCUGAGACGAGCACGACCGACAUCGACUCGUCGUUGCCGCAGCACGAAGUUGCGCCGGGAUGGACCGCCACCUACACACCUCAGCUGGUGGUCGAGGUCCCGAAAGUCGCCUCCAAUCCGACGUUGCCGCUCAACGAGAUGGUGCCCGGAUUGAAAAGCAGCAAAAAGGCGCCCCUGCGAUCCGACGAUAAGACGAUGACCAUCAGAGUGUUCGUCAUCGCAGAACAGGGCAACCCGGAGUGGCCGCAGGAAGUGUGCCGCGGAAUUGAGCGGCUGAUUGAAGCCAAGCCCGUCUUCCUCGAGCAGAACGAGAUCGAGGACGGCAACAAUGGGACUGCCGUUAUGAUGGUCGUGCAGGUGCCGUGGACCAGUGGAGUCAGCUUGGCUGAGACGCACGGAAUGUUGUGCGCGCUCAAAAGCGAGGUGGGCGGACCGCUGGUGCUGCGCUGCACAGUUGAUGGGUACACCACCGCCGCCGAGAAGAACGACGAGAAACAACGGCUCUUUCGGCCCCUGCGAGCCGAGUGCCCACGUCCUGGGCCGUUGAGGAUGAAACAGCAGCCUGGCCGAGACGCACGGCAAGCUCUGCGCACUCAAGAGCGAGGUGGACGGGCCCCUGGUGCUUCGAAGCACGGUCGUUGGCUAGACGACGGCCAGGGAGAAGGCGGACUAGGAUCAACUGCGCUUUGUAAGUUUUCGCGUAGCAUCUUGCAUCCCAAACACCAGCUGAAGACUUGCAUCGGCUCAUACGUGUGUCAGGAGCUCCAUCGCCUCACAGCUCUCGGAAUUGCAACAACGCUGAUUGACCGCGGUUGCCAUUGGUGCGUUCGCCAGAAGGGGACGGCCAUGGGAUACUAUCAAGAGACGGUCGAGCCGGUGGUGGUCGCCAGCGCUAGCGGAUCGCCGGAGGCUGGGCAAGCGAGCAACAACGCCGGCGCCAACAUUGUCGCCACAACCAGCAAUAGCCCCCUGCCCGUCUUCCGCCCAGACGAGCCGUCGACCAGCGGCUUUUUU